CAUUCAAGCUGCAAACGAGACGUGGUGAGGCGACGCAAUCCCGUGUUACGUCAUUGAGCGGAACAGAACAGGGGGGUCCUGACUGUUGUUGUGAGCGCGUGUGUCUGUUUUUUUUUAGGUAGCCUCUGAAAAUGCCCGCACGCUGUGCACUCUUUUUUUCAAGAUGGCGUCGAUGAGGGAGAGCGACACUGGCCUGUGGCUGCACAAUAAGCUGGGAUCCACGGACGAGCUAUGGGCUCCUUCCAGCAUCGCUUCCCUGCUCACCCCCUCUGUCAUCGACAACAUCCGCCUGUGCUUCUCUAGCUUAUCACCCCCGGUGAAGCUUAAGCUUCUGUUAGGGAUGCUGCACCUCCCGAGGCGGGCGGUAGACGAGAUGAAGGAUGCAUUAUCUGAGAUAAUUCAGCUUGCGACCUUGGAUUCGGAACCUUGGGUAUUGAUGGUGGCCGACAUUCUAAAAUCCUUUCCAGAGACAGGUGCACUCAAUCUAGACUUGGAGGAACAAAAUCCAAAUGUGCAGGACAUUUUAGGAGAACUCCGAGAGAAAGUUAGUGAAUGUGAGGCUUCCGCUAUGUUGCCAUUGGAGUGUCAGUACCUAAAUAAAAAUGCUCUGACUGCUCUUGUUGGACCCCUUACUCCACCAGUGAAACACUUUCAGCUGAAGAGGAAGCCUAAAAGUGCAACUCUUAGAGCAGAACUUUUACAGAAAUCAACAGAAACUGCUCAGCAGCUUAAGAAAACUGCUGGCGUGCCUUUUCAUGCCAAAGGAAGGGGCUUAGUCAAGAAAAUUGAUACAACAACACCCCUCAAAGGUAUACCAAAAGCUCCUUUUAGAAGCCCAACAGCACCAAGUGUGUUUAGCCCAUCUGCGAACAGGACACCCCUACCACCUCCACGGACACCCUUGCGUAAAGAGAGAGGAGUUAAGUUGUUAGAUAUUUCUGAACUGGAUAUGGUUGGAGCUGGUAGAGAGGCAAAGAGGAGAAGAAAAACAGUUGAAUCUGAAGUUAAUGAAAAGCCAGCUAAAGAAGAAACUGUGGUAGAAAAUUCAACACCCGAUUAUGCUGCUGGUCUUGUCUCUACUCAGAAACUGGGUGCUCUAAACAGUGAGAGUGCAUUACCUUCGACAAGUUAUUUGCCAGCUACACCUAGCAUGGUACCGUCAUCGUCUUACAUUCCAAGCUCUGAAGCACAGCAGGGUAGCACAACAGGAACAGUUCGGGAAUCUCUGCAAACCAACCGACAAUCAGAAGAAAUAGCCCCUCCCAGCACCACCCUUCAGGGCCAAUUCAAACAGAGGACACAGAUGUACAACAGCAGCACAAGCCCAUCAGCACCUACCUCUCCACCAACACCCAGCAGUACUCCAAAUGCCAGCAUACCCACGGUAACAGCAUCACAGCCCUCUCAGCAACCCAUCACACAACAGCCACAACAGCAACAAACACAACAACAGCAACAGCAGCAGCAGCAGCAGCAACCACAGCCUAAAAAGAGCCUUUCUCUCACUAGAGAACAAAUGUAUGCUGCCCAGGAAAUGUUCAAGACAGCAAACAAGGUUACAAGACCAGAGAAGGCCUUAAUUCUUGGUUUUAUGGCAGGGUCCAGAGAAAACCCAUGUCCAGAGCAAGGUGAUAUCAUCCAGAUUAAGCUCAGCGAACAUACAGAAGUCUUGCCAAAAGCUGAUGGCACUGGCAGCACAACAAUGCUUGUUGACACAGUGUUUGAGAUGAACUAUUCCACAGGUCAAUGGACCAGACUCAAGAAAUAUAAGCCUAUUACAAAUGUGUCUUGAGCAAAUGAUGAACUCCAUGAAACAAAUUGGGCCAAACUAUGAGUCAACAGAAUGGGCCAGAUGUAGCUACAGAUUUAUAUAUGUGACUCAUGCAGAGCAAGUUUUUGUUCAAUACAGUGGUUUCUACAGUUCUUGAGUAACACUCUAAAUGUUAAGUAAACAUGAUUUUACUUGUAAGACAGAGACUUCGGGCAGUCACAGUAGCUGAUAACUAAAUACAGUACAUCUCAGUGGCCUUCCAUAAAGGUUGCUAUGUAAGUGACUGGGAUAGAAAUGCUGAUCCUAAAUUGUGCAGUUUUCUGCCUGCAGAACCAUCACUGGAAUAUGGAAAGUACACGAAAGACUGCCAGUAGGAAACCAUAAUCUUUUGAUGCAUCAGGUGGACCUAAAGUGCUCUAAUAUGGUGUUAAUGUUAACAUUAAAAUGGAUGUUCCUACUGUCUGACCUGUUCAUGGUGAUAAAUAUAAGAAUUUUAUCUUUUAUGUUAAAUUUUAUGGGUAUUUUUUUUUUUCAUGUUGUCCUUUAGAUGAGGGAAGAGGACAGAGCAAUAACUCCUCCUCACUAAUUUAAAUUACAGCAAAAUGACUGCAAACGAAAGGGACGGAAAUGAGAUGGCAUUAUUUUAACAGAUUAAAUCACGUUUCAUUUGAUCUAUAGAAGAGCCAUCAUUUUCUUAAUAUGACAUUGUGUUAGUAAUCUUGUUAAGUUGAGAAUGUAAUUUGGAAACUAAGAACGUUGUAUUUGGCUAAAAUUAGUGGACAUCUCCUCUGUGUCAUCAACGUAACUUACUAUAAAUAGCUUUAAUACUGUUUAUAUUUAAGAAGGAUCAAUUGUAUUUGUCAGAAAACUUUACCAGGAACUUUUGUUUUAUAUGGUAUUACAAAAUUGAGAAAUUAUCUGCUGGUUUUCAAGGGUGUCAUGAAGGCUUUCCAUGCUGCACAAUACUUAAUUGUGAUUCUUCUUUUCUACCACAGGUUUUAUUGCAGUAGUGUUCAUUUUUAAUUCUUAAUCUGAAAAAUUUCAGGUUAUACAAAUUCCAAGCAGAUUCCCCUAUGUACAAGACUAAUAAAUCAUUUUAAAUAAAGUAGUUCCUGUAUAAAUACAGGGGUAUGGAUGCGACUUGAUUAAAAAAAAAAGUUUAAAAAUAGUAGAUUGUGAAAGUAUCCAUGUAUCAUUUGUAAAUAUUUUUGGGUUAGCAUAAAGAUUUGAAAUGUCAAAGCCUCAAAAUGUGUCUUAGGACGCUUUUCAGUUAAUGUUGACAUAGCAGAGGCUUUUGUCCCAGAUUGACUGCUUCUGUGAACUGAGUUUAAGUGUCAUUGAAUUAUGGCAUUUUAUAAUAAUUCAGAGUUAACAAAGUAGCUGAUACUACAGAGUGGACAUGAGCCUAAUUAAAAUGCCCGGUACUCCUUAUCUCUUACUUUAUCUUUUGAAGUAAUUAUACUAAAUUGUAAAUACAAAAA